AUGCGUUCCUUCACUACCGUCGCUGCUGCUCUUCUCUUUGUUGGCGCUCAGGCUGCCCCUGCCGUUGAGAGUCGCCAGAUUGUCUAUGGCUGCUACUUCAACGGUGACGGAAUCGCCAACCAGUAUGUCACUGUCGGUAGCGAUAUUGACAUUACCGGCAAGAGCGGCAAGGUUUGGACCCUUGACUGUGGUACCACCUCGGAACAGAUUGUCAAGGGCGUUUUUGCCAAGUGCACAGUCAACGGAAAGCAGCCCUUCGGAAUCACUGGAUUCGAUGCCGCCAACAUCAACUGCCCCAUCGCCUAA